UUUGAGAUACACAAACACAUUGGGGUAAAUUUGUUUGCCUUUUGGAACGAUCGAGGAACUCUUUAAUAAUAAUAAUAACGUCACGACAGAAAAAGUUGAAUAACCCGGGUACAUUUUAAAAUCAUACUAUGAAAGUAAUAUGUAUAAGAAAUUAGAAAAAGUGCUCAAACCGUGAAAAUAUCAAUUUAGUAAUGGAUGAUAUUCAGAAAAAUGAUGAAAGAACUGAAAAUUUUUAUUCCGACGCUGCCAACUAUUGGUCUAAAGUUCCAGCCACUGAGGAUGGAAUGUUGGGAGGAUUUGGGUUUAUUUCAAACACAGAUAUCGAAGGGUCUGAAUUAUUUCUAAGAUCAGCCUUCAAGUUGAAAAAUCCUCCAAGCAAAGGAUAUGCUCUGGACUGUGGUUCUGGAAUUGGACGUAUUUCAAAACAUCUACUUACCAAACAUUUUAAAAAAGUUGAUUUGGUUGAGCAAAAUUCAGAUUUUCUAGAAGCAGCAAAAACUUACCUCGCUGAUCGUACAAAAAGAGUUGGGGAAUUUUUUCCCAUAGGUCUGCAAAACUUUUGUCCUGAAGUAGGGAAAUAUGAUGUUAUAUGGUGUCAAUGGGUUUUAGGACAUCUACAAGAUGCUGAUUUUAUCAAAUUUUUCAGCCACUGUCAGGCAGGACUCAGAGAGAAUGGCGUGGUAAUAGUGAAAGAAAAUAUAACAAGUUCUGAAAAAGUGGAAGUUGACACACAGGAUUCCUCAGUAACUCGACCAUUGAAGGAAUUACAACGUCUUUUUGACCUGGCCGGAUUCUCUGCUGUAAAGGAACAGAAACAAUCCAGACUUCCGAGAGGUCUUUAUCCUGUUUAUAUGUUCAUACUACGACCUAAAAAAAUCAUUAGGAAUUCUCUAAGCAAUGUACUACAGUAGAAAUAAAUAGUUCACAAUUA